AUGGAGUCCCCAACUGAUCUUCGUUUAAAAGCUUACCGUCUGAUUGCUUACUCGGCUGUCGGAUUCUCGGUCACCGCCGCUGUUUCUUUGUGCCUGACCCUUCCGCUCAUCUACUCUUAUGUCCAGAACACUAAGACCAAUCUGGAAAGAGAAUCAAUGUAUUGCAAGGUAUCAGAUCUGUUUGAGAAUGAAUCCAAUUGUUUUAUGUGUUUCAGAGUUCGGUGCAAGAUAUGUGGUCUGAAAUCAACAAUGUGAACGAGUUGUCAUUUAACAGGACGGCAAGACAGGCGGGAUACACUUCAGGAGGAGCUGACGCUGGAGCUGGAACUGGAGGGCCUGCAGCAGGCGGUGGUUGUUCUGGAUGUUGCAAUCCUGGCCCGCCAGGUCCAGGAGGAAAUCCAGGUAAACCAGGAAAGCCAGGAAAACCGGGAGCUUCUGGAGCUCCAGGAGCUCCAGGAAAGGGAGCUGCAGUUCCAUGCGAAGCCAAGACUCCACCACCAUGCCAACCGUGUCCCCCAGGACCACCAGGGCCCCCAGGACCAGACGGACCAGCUGGACCACCCGGAGGAGCCGGAGAAGCAGGAGCCCCAGCCGCUCCAUCACCACCAGGACCACCCGGACCUCCAGGACCAGCAGGAGCUCCAGGAAAUGACGGAGCCGCCGGAGCUCCAGGACCAGACGGGCCUGCCGGAGAGAGCAAGUAUCCAGAGCCAGCAGGACCAGGACCAGCGGGACCACCAGGACCGGCAGGACCACCAGGACCAGAUGGAGCAAGCCCGACUGCUGCUCCAGGAGCACCAGGACCAAAGGGACCACCAGGACCAGGAGGAGCUCCAGGAGCCGAUGGAAACCCAGGACCGCCAGGACCACCCGGAAACGCAGGAGGCGAAGGUGAAAAGGGAAUCUGCCCCAAGUACUGCGCCAUCGAUGGAGGAAUCUUCUUCGAGGACGGAACUCGCCGCUAAUUUCUCGUCUCAAUUCCGCACUUUUCUAUUAUUUUCAAUGAAUAUAGAGCAUUCAAACAUCUGUUUCAAUUCUUCUCCCAGACUUCUUAUAAUAUUCAACCAGCGGGGAGUACCUGUCGUAAUUAUGAAAUAUGAGAAGGGAUCUAAAGCAAAAAGUAGGUAAAAACACUCAAUUAAAGUUAUUGAAAGUGCAUUACAUUGCUAGCAUUUCGGAAGAGGUAUUCUAAAAAGCCCGAGUAGAUAAAGCUAAUACAAUACAGUCACUUAUGUCUAUAGAUUGCAGGGUCCAUAAGGCAAGGCGCUGCAAUCUGGCCAUUUCUGGUUUAAAUUUAUGCAAAUCAGCUUCUGUAUUUUUAUUUCAAUGGUCAAUAACAGCUCCUUUUUCUGCUGCUCAGAAAAACUUAUUUGUACGCAAUACCGGUGAACGUUAGGCGGAAGAAGAAGUACAGCACGCAGUCGUGUUCCAUUUUUUCAUUCAUUUUUUGCAGUUGCCAUGUUGUUCGUUUCCUUUUCGCCGAAUUCAGUUUUUUCUGCACUUUUCCGCACGAAUUCAUUCGAAAUUCGGUGGCAGUCUCUAAACAUUAUUCUAAUUCAAGUUAUCGGUAUUUCAUCCUUUAUCAAUUCAAUUUUUAAACAGAACAUAUUGUCGUCACAUCGGUAGUUGUGUGUGUGAACACGGUCACGUCCGUUGGUACUGUUUAAAGAAAAGGGGGGUCGCGAAUCGAUUCACUCCCUCUCCCCUCCUCUCCUCGGCUGCCACCAGGCAGCCCCUCUUUUCCCCUAUUUUCUUUCUUUUUUUUUUGUUUUUCCUCGAUUCCCACCUGGAGAUCCCCCUAUUCUACUAUUUUCUUUAAUUUCUUACGUAUACCACUCAAUACCGUGAGUUAUGCCUAUUUUCCAUCGCAUUCAUCGCUUUCAUCCAAUUUUCACAAAAAACGGUGAAUGCAUCCUUAGAGAUAAGAAAACUUGAAUGAUUCUGAAAUUGAUAUAUUUGAAGAGAGACAAAAUUUAUGAGAAUCAAAUUCUACUCGGUUUCGGCAAAUCAACCUUCCCUUCAGAAGAAAAAUAAUAAAUAAUAAAUUCUUAGUCAAAUCAUUCCAAAUAAUAUUUCAGGAAAAUAAAAUUCAAAAAUCGUCAGAUCAGGCGAACUAUCUCGAGAGCAUCCGGAGAGGGUAGGAAAUAUGCAGGCUCUACCAAAAUCCGAACGCAGGUAACUUUUUUCCCAUCACAAACUGCACAAUUCCAUCUUAAUUUUCAGUCAAAAAUUGCUUGUUCAACCCGUCAAAACGUGCUCCGUUGCCGCAAGAAGUCUGUGCACUUCCGAGAAGCUUUAGCAUCUUCACGUUUGUUGGAGGUCGCGGAAGGUACAACGAGAGAGAUCUCACAAUAUGGGAUCCUUUGAUCAGGCAGUGGUCCGAAGAAGUGAACCAGGAACGUGAGUUCCAGAAGAGACAAGGGUGGAUCAAAAUGAAGGCAUCACAGAGGGUAGGUUAAGAUAGUACCUGAUUUUGGAGCUUAUGAUUAUACUUACAGCGUGGUACGAACAGAAGAGGACGGUACGAUCUCGACAAUUAA